AAUUCGUCGCUUCCACCACCUCCACUCUGGUCAUCAUGGAUAUGACCAGGCACCUUUUGGCUGCUCUUAAUCUGCCUCCAAUCCGCGAUGUCCCUCCGUUUCCUUUAGGAUCUGACACCCAGUCUAGAGAUCGCCCUCUCCCCCUCGAACCGUCGACUUCUCAAGACGCUUAUAGCUCUUCGCAGUAUCAACAGGGACGUAGGGAACCUAAUCAACAGCAAUCACAGCCACAGGCGCAACAAUCCCCGCAGCAGCAGCAGCAGCAACAGCCACCGCAUCUUCAACUCCAUUCCCGGGAGUCGCCCAAUGACCAUUCGCGUCAAGAGCCACAAGCGGAGCCCAUUCGAGACUCGAUAAACGUCCGAAUGAAUGCCACGAAAUCUACACCCACUGCGAAAGGGAAGGAAAAAUCAAAGGAUAGAGCAAAAUCUAACAACGGCCGCCAAGACCAGAUCACCACUCCAGGUGGUCGCUCGUACCCUACCCUACUUCCAUCUGCUAUGCCACCGUCCGAAGUUCGCACCCCUAAAAGUGGGGCUGGAAACAAAAGUUCCACCCCCGGCGAAAAAUCGUCUAAUCGUCGAGUCCGUCGGAAAUGGACGGAGGAGGAAACAAAUGAUCUUAUCAAGGGGUGUCACACGCAUGGCGUGGGGAAUUGGAAAAAGGUUCUUGAGGAUCCAAGAUUUCAUUUCAAUGGGCGCUCGUCUGUGGAUUUGAAGGAUAGGUUUCGCACAUGUUUCCCCAAAGAAUACAGAAAGCCUAGUGAUCUUGAGUCCGAAGAGGAUACCGAGCCAAUACCCGGUCCUGCACCGGAGGGUGAUACCAUUGUCGUUGCCCCCCUACCGCCCAAGACUCCCAAGGUCGAGGGCGAGAGGAGUAGGAAGAAGACUACAAAAACCGAGCUCCACCACGUUGAGGUCCUGGAAAAACUUGGUGUUCCCAAUAGCUUUCCUAAAGUUCAACGUCGCGAGAGAAGAGAGUUCACUGCUGAUGAAGACGCCCGUCUUCUUCAUGGUUUCAAUAUUCACGGAGCGGCGUGGUCCAAGAUCCAGAGUGACCCCGACCUCCAACUGAGCCACCGUCGAGGAACAGAUCUACGUGAUAGAUUCCGCAACGCUUUCCCGGAUCGCUACGAAUCAGCUGGGUUUAAAGCUCGUCCUAGACAGCGCCCUAAACCCCCUCGUUCGAGUUCCAAUGUCAAAGGCAAGGCCACUGAUGCCAUCGAAGCUAACGGGGAGUUAGAUGAUGGCCGUGGGGCGGGACUGGAGGGACCGAAUAAAGGCGAUAGUGCAUCGCUUCUAAUGCAGAGCCUUCUCGCGGGUCACCUUUCACCCGGCUGGGGAACCGGAGACACUCCCGUUACCUCCUCCGACCAAUCCCCUGCACCCGGAAGUCUUGCCCUGGACCCCGCUCUGAACGAAGGCUUCUCGGGUGCCACCCUUGAGCAAAUCACGGAGGAAUUCCUCGCCGUUGCCCAGGGGAACGGGAAAGAGCCAGCGCAAGGCAAUGGACAAGAGGUGUCCCACGAUAUGGUUCGCUGGGAGGACAUGGCCAACAAUCCGAUCUUCGACAUCGACCCGGCCAUGACCGGCAAUUCCACCGCUCCUCACCCACAGACCGAAAUGGGAAACAAAGAGUCCGUGAGCCUCUCCGGUAUCGGCAUUGGCGGCAACGCUGGGCCCUCCUCCACUACUGAGAGCGCUAGUCACGACAAGGGGAGCGCGAAGAGGCUCAGCGAGGAGGCCAAUCCCGAGACGAUUCACAAAAAGCGGCGUAUUGCGGAUGAGUUGCUGCAAUAGCAUAAUGAACUUUUAAAAGAAGAUACGGGAUUUCAAUGCAAUGUGAACUGCUCACGUUUUAAAAAAUUUAAAAUUUUUUAAAAAAAAAUAUGGCUAAAAUCAGAUGUACAAUUAACUUGACUUUCUCCUCUUCCAAGAGUCAGCUUCUUCUUCCUCUCCAUUCUCUUGCUUCUUUUUCCUAUUAUCAUCAUACUUUUUUUUUCUUUUUUCUCUCUCCCUUUCUUCUACCUGCCGUCUGUCUUGGGUGUAUGCUUCUUUACUUUCUGAUCCUACCCGCUUUCUUCCCUUAACUUAUCCUUGACUUGCUUGGAUAGCCGCAUCAUGUUUGGGUUUCUUUACCUUUUUUUUCUCUUUUCUUUUCGUUCUUUCUUUUUUCCUUCCAUUCUUCGGUCUGUCUGCGGUAGGUGGGAGUGGCGAAUUGGGAAAUGGUGUUCUUAUCCUGUUGUUAUUACCUCCAUUACAUUUACAUUGUAUAAAACAAAAAAA